AUGUCUGACAUGGUGAGGUUGGAGGCCCCGCCGCCAUCGCUCCGGCCCCCCCGCGGCCCACACGUGACCAGGGAGAACCCCGCGCUGCUUCCGCCCACCAAUCACAGCGCGCGAUCGCUCCUGGAUUUCGGCGUCCGGGCGCUGUUUAUUCCCAGUUCCCUCCCAGUGCUCCCAGUAAGAGCGGUCCUAGCACGGAAAGCGCUCCCAAUUCCUUCCGGGUUCUCUCAGGAUCGCUUCGAGUGCUCCCAGUAUUGGUUCCAGCACUGUGCAGGGCACGGCCACUUUGGAACCCCCCAGGGCAGAGCACGGCUGCUUUUCAGUGUCGGCACCGACCUGGGCCGGGCUGGGAGCGGAGGAGGGGGAGGAAGGAAAGAGGAGCGGGAAGAACAAGAAGGGGAAAGUCAGGAACAUGAGGAAGAGGAGCUGCAAGAGAAAGAGCAGCAGCAGAACCACUCGGCUCCCCCGCCCGCCCGCUCAGGCUGCAGUUCCCCCAACUCUGGCAGCAUCGCCCUGCCCCCCCGGAACCCACAGUGCACCAGCCAGAUGUCAUCACCCAGCAGGGCAGGAGGUGGAACUUGUUCGGCUGUUGACAAGUGGCCCGGAGGAUGUCCCCAUGGCUGCUUCUGGCACGGAGCAUCUGCACUCACCCUGGCACAGACAUCUCCCCAGCUGUGUCCCCAACUGUCCCCCUAUGCCACAUGGACUCAGUGCUCACCAUCCUGGAUACCCUUGAGUCCCCGGCCUGGGACUGUGGAUUUCCUCUUCCAAGAGAUUCAGAGCUGGACCGGCUGCCAGGGGAUGCCGAUGGCACCAGAGCUCAGGCAUCUCAGGCCCCCCAGCUGUCACACUGGGGCGACUCCAGGAGCCACUGCGACCCCAGGCCCCUCGAGGGGUGACCUGUGGUGUCCCUCUGGUGUCACUGGCGAGUCCCCAGCAGAAGCAACAUCACCUCCUCAGCAGGAGGAAGACGAGAAGGAGGUGAGGAUGUGA